AUGCCCACUCCACGAGUUGGUGCUAGUUGGGUUAACAGGGCCUGGACCGAUGGCUCUGGCCUGAAUAAGAUCAGCAGUGAUGAUGAAGUAGUUCUCGUUGACCCUGCAGAUAUAAGUAAAGAGGACAUGGACGAGCUACAUGCUGCCGGACACUAUCUGUUAUGUUAUAACAAUGCCGGUGCGUGGGAGUCGUGGCGGGCUGACGCGGAUGAGUUCCCGUUAGAACUCCGUGCAAGGAAAUUGGCAGGCUGGGAUAAUGAAUACUGGUGGAAUAUCAUAGAGUGGGAUGAUUCAGAGUUGAAGAAUGCACACAUCAAGCGUAUGAAGUGGAUGUGGGAGAAGGGAUGCGACGGUUUGGAACUCGACAAUUUGGACUGUAGAUCGUGUGUUGAUGGAGAAUCGAAAACAGAUCUACGAGCGAAAGCUGUGGAAAACGUUCGAUGGCUCGCACAAGAAUCGAACCGGCAGUGCAUGGACGCGUCUAUGAAGAACUCUAUAGAUAUAUUUGCUGACGUUGCGGAGCACUUCCAAAUGGCUGUCAAUGAACAAUGCGAGGAAUACAAUGAGUGUUCGUCUUAUAUAGAUUAUUUCAUAGACCUUGGUAAACCCGUUUUUGCAGUUGAGUACACCAAAAGCUGGAGCGAGGCUGAUUGCUCAUUUGCCAAUAACAACGGCAUUUCCCGGAAGUACUUUGACGAAAGCAGCAAAUACCAAGAUUGCUAGUGAACACGCAGACGACAACAACGAACAUGUAACUCGAGAUCGAAUGCAGCAUGUAAAGUGAAUCAUGCGACAAAAGGGUGUCAGCUUCUCAUAUGAUUUCCGCCACUAUAUACAUACAGGAGUCAGCAGUAAUCAACGCAGUGCGUUCGAGGUGGCACCACACAAAUUUAGUAAAUAGU